AUGGAGGAUCUAGCAUCCAGCGAUGUGGUGGUGGGCCGGCGGCCGGAUGUUGGUCUUGUGACUGAAGAAGACUCCGUUUACGAACAGGACGUUCUCCGGGACCCCACAAGUAUCAAGCCAUGGCUUGCGUACAUCGAAUUCAAGGCUCGCCAUGGUUCAAUUCUAGAGCAGGCUUUUGUCAUGGAGCGCGCAUGUUUACAACUCCCGCGAUCGUACAAACUAUGGAAGACCUACCUCUCUUUUCGAGCCAAACACGUGUCCCCGCUCAACCCGGCGAUAUUUGCAGCUGAAUACCGAAAGGUGAACGCUCUCUUCGAAAGAGCGCUGAUACUGCUGAAUAAGAUGCCGAGGAUUUGGGAGAUGUAUCUGAAAUUUCUUUCUCAGCAACCCGUCGUGACCUUAGCACGCCGCACUUUCGACCGAGCCCUAAGAGCACUUCCGAUAACACAGCACAACCGAAUAUGGGCUCUAUACCGACCAUUUGCUGAUUCAGCAGGUGGCCAGACGGCCGUUAAGAUCUGGAGGCGAUAUAUGGAGGUGCACCCUGAGGAUGCGGAGGAUUUUGUUGAACUACUUGUUCAAACAAAGCUGUUCACUGAGGCCACGCAGAAGUACAUCGACAUUCUGAACAACAUACAAUUCUCCAGCAAGCAUGGCAAAGGUCAUUACGAGCUCUGGAGCGAAAUGGUGGAUUUGCUCGUGGAGCAUGCUUCAGAAGUUGAGACAGGACACGACGCCGGGAUCGAUGCCGAGCGCAUCAUCCGGAGUGGCAUUGCCCGAUUCGCAGACCAGAGAGGUAAACUCUGGGCAGGCCUGGCGACCUACUGGAUACGAAGAGGCAAUUUCGAGAGGGCCCGUGAUGUCCUAGAAGAGGGCAUGACCACGGUCAUGACUGUACGAGAUUUCACACUUGUCUUUGACUGCUACACGGAAUUUGAGGAAUCGAUCAUUGGCGCUCUCAUGGAAAAUGCGUCUGCACGAGCCGAGAAAGGUGUCGAAGAUGAGGACGCCGAUUUUGAGCUCGAUGUGCGCAUGAUGCGGUUCGAGCAUCUGAUGGACCGUCGGCCUUUCCUUCUCAACGAUGUCCUCCUUCGACAGAACCCGAACAGUGUUCCAGAGUGGGAGAAGCGCGUUAUGCUCUGGAAGAACAACGUCAAGGAGGUGGUACAAACGUACACGGACGCUAUUGCCGCGAUUCAUCCAAAGCAUGCAGUGGGUGCAUUCCAUCAGCUUUGGGCCGGUUACGCAAAGUUCUACGAAAGUGGAGGAGACUUGAGAAACGCUCGCGUCAUUAUGGAGAAAGCUGUCAAGGUCCCAUUUAAGUCUGUUUCUGAGCUGGCAGAAAUGUGGAUCGAAUGGGCCGAAAUGGAACUUCGAAACGAGAACUUCGAUGAGGCUGUUCGUGUCAUGGCCAAGGCUGUCCAGGCUCCCAAGAGAUCGAAUGUCGACUACUUUGACGAAACAUUGUCGCCUCAACAGAGGGUUCACAAGAGCUCAAAACUGUGGAGCUUCUAUGUGGAUCUCGUAGAAAGUGUUUCUACCUUGGAUGAAACCCGGAAAGUCUAUGAGAGGAUCUUUGAGCUUCGGAUUGCGACGCCGCAGACGGUGGUCAACUAUGCUAAUCUCUUGGAGGAAAACAAAUAUUACGAAGAAUCCUUCAAAAUCUAUGAGAGAGGGCUGGACUUGUUCAGCUACCCCGUGGCAUUCGAGCUAUGGAACCUUUACCUCACCAAGGCAGUCGACCGGAAAAUUGGUAUUGAACGACUACGCGAUCUGUUUGAGCAGGCCGUGGAGGACUGCCCGCCCAAAUUUGCCAAGACUAUAUACUUGAUGUACGGCAACUUGGAAGAGGAGCGCGGUCUUGCACGACACGCGAUGCGCAUUUACGAGAGGGCCACACGAGCCGUGGCGGACGAAGACAGGGCAGAUAUGUUCAACUUUUACAUCACUAAAUCUGCCUCAAACUUUGGUCUCCCGUCCACCCGCCCCAUAUAUGAGAGGGCAAUCUCUGUCCUGCCUGACACUGAGGCAAAGGAGAUGUGUCUCAAGUUUGCUGAGAUGGAGAAGAGACUGGGCGAGAUUGACCGGGCUCGUGCAAUCUAUGGCCACGCAUCUCAGUUCUGCGAUCCCCGAACUAGCCCUGACUUCUGGAGCAAAUGGGAACAGUUCGAGGUGCAGCAUGGAAACGAGGACACCUACAAAGAAAUGCUUCGGAUCAAGCGAAGCGUCCAAGCGCAGUACAACACAGACGUCAACUUCAUUGCUUCGCAAGCCCUGGCUCGAAGCCAAAGACCAACGGAAGGGGCGGAUGCUAUGGCCGCUUUGGAAAAACAGAUACGUGCACCGGCAGGCUUCGUUGCUGCGAGCACAGCGUCUAAAGAAGGAGCUGGCGCGGUUUCAGAAGCUAUGCCUUCGAAUCCGGAUGCAAUCGACAUUGACGGUAUGGAGGACUAG